GAUUCCCCUCUCCAACCUCCGACCUCCGCACCCCGCCUCCUCUUCCUUCUUCCACCAAACAACUCCGAUUCGUUUCCGGCCAUGGGGACGGACAGUCCCGCUAAUUUUACUUAUAUGGGCCGGACCUUUGAUGAUCUCACCAACGGUCAUAGUUCUGGGGCGUUUAGCGACUGUAAUAGUGAUAGAUCCGGGGAGUUUCCCACGGCGGCGUCGCAGGGCCGUCGGCUUUUGAUUGCUUGUGCUUCUGAUAACUCCGACGACCUAAUUCGCCAACUGGUUAUGGACCUCGAGUCCUGUUCGAUUGAGGAGCAGAAGCAAGCGGCUAUGGAGAUUAGACUUCUCGCUAAGAACAAACCGGAGAAUCGAUUGAAGAUCGCGAAAGCUGGAGCGGUGAGGCCGUUGAUUUCGUUGAUAUCGUGUUCGGAUCCGCAGCUUCAAGAGUACGGCGUGACGGCGAUUUUGAAUCUCUCGUUGUGCGACGAGAACAAGGAGCAAAUAGCGGCGUCUGGUGCGAUUAAGCCUCUGGUUCGAGCGCUGAUGUCGGGAACUCCUACGGCGAAGGAGAACGCCGCUUGUGCUUUACUACGGCUAUCGCAAAUGGAGGAGAACAAGAUUGCAAUCGGACGGUGUGGAGCGAUUCCGCUUUUGGUGAAUCUGUUAGAGAACGGCGGAUUUCGCGGAAAGAAGGACGCAUCGACGGCUCUGUAUUCACUGUGCUCGGUUAAGGAAAACAAAAUCAGAGCAGUAAAAGCGGGAAUCAUGAGGCCGUUAGUGGAAUUAAUGGCGGAUUUCGGGUCAAACAUGGUGGAUAAGUCGGCGUUUGUGUUGAGCGUAUUGGUAUCGUUGUCAGAGGCGAGGACGGCGCUGGUAGAAGAAGGCGGAAUUCCGGUACUAGUGGAAUUAGUGGAAGACGGAACACAGCGACAAAAGGAGAUCGCGGCGGUGAUUUUGCUGCAGGUUUGCGAGGACAGUGUCCUUUACCGUACAAUGGUAGCCCGUGAAGGAGCAAUCCCGCCGCUAAUUGCCUUGACACAGUCCGGCACCAAUCGCGCCAGACAAAAGGCGGAGAAACUGAUAGAGCUUCUACGGCAACCAAGAUCCGGCAACUGCGCUGCCACCACCUCAGAUGUGUCAGUCUAAUUUUUGUUGUGGCCACGUGGACGAUGACGAUGCAGACCCCCAUACCCAAAAAAACAAAUAGAGGAGAGGUUUUCUUGUAAAUAUAUAAUUUUUUUUAUUUAUUUUUUUAAUGUUUGUUGUGAUAAAUCGAUCGAAUUUUGGGGUUUCUUUUUGU